AUGGCGCUUAACCUAAAUGUCAAAGUGCACCCCGUGGUUUUAUUUCAGAUUGUAGAUGCUUAUGAACGGAGAAAAGCGGAAUCAUUGCGCGUUAUUGGGACUUUAUUAGGUACCGUGGAAAAGGGAGUUGUCGAAGUAACUAACUGUUUCUGCGUGCCACACAAGGAAUCUGAGAGUCAGGUGGAAGCUGACCUUACUUAUGGAAUGGACUUGUACGAUUUAAAUCACCGAGUUAAUGCACAAGAGAAUAUUGUCGGUUGGUGGGCAACUGGCAACGAGGUUACCACACAUUCAUCCGUCAUCCACGAGUAUUAUGUACGAGAGUGCAACAAUCCUGUACAUUUAACUGUCGAUACCACAUUGGCAAACACAGCGAGAAUGGCCAUUAAAGCUUACGUGUGUGUCCCAUUAGGUGUGCCUAAUGGCAAGAAAGGCUCCAUGUUUACGCCAGUGAAAGUUCAGAUCGCAUGCUACGAGCCAGAGGUCAUAGGACUGCAAUUAUGUUCCAAAACGCAAGUGCAAUCUCACAUCUCACAAGCACCUGGAAUCAAAUCCACGGGGGGAGUAGAACCCAUGAUGGACCUUGCGCAAGUAUCGGAGGCAUGCUCCAAACUUUCCGUAAUGUUGGAGCAAGUACUUGCGUAUGUCGACGAUGUUCUCGCGGGCAAGCAACUGCCAGAUAAUCAGGUAGGCAGAGCCCUUUUGGAUAUGGUACAUUCCGUGCCAAAGAUGACCAGUGAUCAAUUUGACAAAAUGUUUAAUAGUAAUGUCAAAGAUCUGCUGAUGGUCGUCGCUUUAUCGCAAUUGAUAAAAACUCAAUUGCAGCUUAAUGAAAAACUUACGCUACUUACGACUCUAUAAAUAUUUAAUCUCUUUUUUUUAAUAUACUAUAUAUAAUUACAAUUGUGUAAAAUAGUAUUAUAAAUAAUAACGAUUGCUUACAAUGAUACACAAGAAAUACAAUUAUCCAUUUGCUUUUUA